CUGCAGACGGUGCUGAAGCCCAGGACCAUGGCCAACAGCGAGCGCACCUUCAUUGCUAUCAAGCCCGAUGGAGUCCAGCGAGGCCUCAUGGGAGAAAUAAUCAAGCGUUUUGAGCAAAAGGGAUUCCGUCUUGUUGCCAUGAAAUUCAUGCGGGCUUCUGAAGACCUUCUCAAGGAGCACUGUAUUGACCUGAAGGACCGUCCAUUCUUUGCCGGCCUGGUGAAAUACAUGCAUUCAGGGCCAGUGGUUUCCAUGGUCUGGGAGGGACUGAACGUUGUGAAGACAGGUCGAGUGAUGCUUGGGGAGACCAACCCUGCAGACUCCAAGCCUGGGACCAUCCGUGGGGACUUUUGCAUCCAAGUUGGCAGGAAUAUUAUUCAUGGCAGUGAUUCCCUGGAGAGUGCAGAGAAGGAGAUUGCCUUGUGGUUUCACCCUGAGGAACUGGUAAAUUACAAGAGCUGUGCUCAGAACUGGAUCUACGAGUGACUUGGAAGCAGACCACAGUGCUCAUCCCAUGCUAGUUUCCCUCCCUCCCACAGGCAAGGACCAGGCCAUUGCAAACCUGGUUAUUUCUGAGAACUUGCUUUUCACUUGGAGGGAAACUCUUGGAGCUGUGGGUGCUCCAUGUACAGUGUUACAUGCUAUCAUCAGAUUAAAAUGUUUCAUCUCAAAAAAAAA